UCUUAUUCAUCAUUCUCUCAUUCCAAGACGGCUCUCCAACCUAUAUUUCAUUCAUCCUUCCUUCCUUUCCAUCAUUCCAAUCUCUCCAUGCUAAACUACAAAAUGGCUCAAAAAAGCAGAACAAAGCCUGCAAAUUCCCAACAUGAUGAUCAAGAACCUAAGCAUCACAAGCAUCACCAUGUCCUCCGUUCCAUCCCUUUGUUUCUCCUUAUCAUCUACACAAUCACAUCCAUGCAAAGACUCCUCAUCUCUCCCCACCCACCUCCAUUACUUCUCCACCUUGAUCAAGAAACCAAAAACAACCUCCAAGCUGAUCAUCAUAAACAAAGUAACAACCUUGCACUAUGUUCAUCUCUCAUUGAUGGCUCGAUCACCGAUGUCAACACAGUUCUAUGCUGUGACCGGAGCCAUGAGCGAACAGACGUGUGCUACAUGCGUGGAAAAAUAAGAACCGAUCACAACACGUCCACCAUCUUAAUCUCUGGUCCAGGACUAGACCCUGAAAGUUCAAUACGUGCUGAAAUCAUUAGACCAUACACAAGGAAAUGGGAAGCCGGAAUUAUGAACACCAUCGAUGAGCUCACUCUUCGGCCAGCGCCAAGCGAUAGCUCGCACACAGCUUGUGACGUCGUGUAUGCCGUGCCCGGUGUGGUGUUUUCCACCGGAGGUUACACAGGGAACGUGUACCAUGAGUUCAAUGAUGGGUUGAUCCCUUUGUAUAUAACUACGGAGAGGUUUAAAGGGGAAGUGGUGUUGGUGGUGUUGGAGUAUCAUUCUUGGUGGAUGACUAAGUAUGGCAGUGUUGUUGAGAAGAUGAGUAAUUAUGAGAUUGUGGAUUUUAGGAGGGAUAGAAGAGUGCAUUGCUUCUCUGAGUUGAUUGUUGGUUUGAAGAUUCAUGGCGAGCUUACUAUUGAUCCACAUCUCAUGCCUAAAGAAAACAAAGGAAUCAAUGACUUUCAAGCUCUCUUAAACCAAGGGCUCACUCCUUCAAACCCAAACCAUUUCAUGCAGCCACAAGUCUCACUCUCUCUCCCACUCCCUCAAGAACAAAAACCAAAGCUUACCAUCUUCAUCCGGAACAAGUCCAGGGUCAUCCUCAACCUCAAAGAAGUAAUACGUGCAUGCCAACGAGUAGGCUUUAACGUCCAAAUCCUCAACCCUAAAAGAAGCACACCACUCUCAGAAAUAUACACUGCCCUUAGCUCCUCCCAAGCCAUGCUCGCCGUUCAUGGCGCCGCCAUGACACACUUUCUCUUCAUGCAAUCUGGCUCCAUCCUCAUCCAAAUUGUACCUCUUGGGCUCGACUGGCCAGCUGAAGCCUACUAUGGUGAGCCAGCAAAGAAGCUCGGCCUUAAGUAUAUGGAAUACAAAUUGACAAAGCAUGAGAGUUCCCUCUCCAAAGAGUAUGAUAGCCAUGACCCUGUUUUGGUGAAUCCUUUGGUUAUCACAAGCAAAGGAUGGUCUGAGACCAAGAAGAUCUAUCUUGAGAAACAAAAUGUGAGGUUGAAAAUAAGAAGAUUUAGUAAAGUGUUGGCUAGAGCUCACUCUCAUGUUUGUGAUACGAAAGUAUUAUGAUUUUGAUUUUGUGAAAAAUAUUAAUGUCUAUAUAGAAUAUAUAUAGAUGUUCAUUCUUUCACCUUUUUGCAAGUUGUAUAGCUUGAGAAAUAAUUUAAUAAGCUCAUGGUCGA